AUCUUCCGGACCGGGCUCGGAAAACAGAUAAGUGCAGCGUGCUGUUGUCCCAACAAUGGAAGCGAAAACUGGCGGGCCGACCGUGGCGGGCGAGCCGCGGAGCACCAAGAGCGCCGUCCUUGAGACGGGCGCCGCCAUGACGCAGGACUUCUCCCCGCUCCAAACCGCCUGCGCCCACCUCAAUGCGUUCCAUGUCUACGCCUCCGAUCCCUCGCGCGUCGUCGAGGCGAACCACUACUGCGGCCAUCUGACCGAGGACGUGCGCCAGUGCCUGCUCUACGACCGUGUUUCUCCAGACGCCCGCCUGAUUGGCAUCGAGUACAUGAUCAAGCCACAUCUGUACGAGUCUCUGCCGCAGGACGAGCGCCGCCUCUGGCACAGCCACGUGUUUGAGGUCAAGUCGGGCAUGCUGGUCAUGCCGCAGCCGUCCGCGCUGGUGCCGCAGGCUGCCUGGGACAAGGCCGAGACCGAAGAGAUGGCCGAGGUGGUCAAGCUGUACGGCAAGGUUUACCAUCUGUGGCAGGUCGACCGUGGCGACAAGCUCCCGCUCGGGGAGCCGCAGCUGAUGACGAGCCUGACCGCCGCCGAGCAGCUUCCAGGCUUGGAAGCCAUCAUGGACGAGCGGGAUAAGCGCUUUCCCGGGUGUGAUUGGCGGAGAAAGAGAGAAAUCCGGAAAGAGAUCGAGGAGCCCGAGAUCCAUCCUGAUGCGGACUACACGUGGAAGAAAGGUUGA